UCCUGUUGUUGUUUUUUUCCUGGAAAGGCGGCAGCUUUUGAUCGAAAUCUUGUGCAUUGCGGUCAGGGCUUUUACAGCUCCUUUGUCCGUCCACGUUCGAAUCUGGACACAAUUUGUGUGUUGAUGAGGAGGAUCCUGCGUGCCGAAAGUUGUUGUAUAAUUCGGAAAAGAUUGGAUCUUUUUGGCUUCUCACUGAGCGAUUGUGUUCAUCUAUUGAAGAUUUCGGAAUCUUUUCGGACUCGCUCGAAUUGAAUGCAACGCGGAGAUUGGAAUCAGCGCGAUUGAUUUUUUGGGUAAUGCACCCGGAGCAAAUGUACUUGUGCUGCCAAUAGACGAAGACCGCGUGCACUUGCUGCGUUUAUGGGCUGCAUCUGCUCGAAAGGUAUCAACCCGGACGGCGACGGCGAGACCCACCGGACAAAGUCCUUGAAGCGGUUCGUCACAAUCUCCAAGAAAGAGGAGGUUGUGGCAGCCAUCGCUGAUGUCGCAAUUAACGGCAACGUAUCGAAACCACAAGACGAUGCUGUUACCUCCCCGCCCUCACCAGCUGCAGCGGGGGAGAAGAAAGCCGCUGGUGGUUCUGAAAGUGCAAGGGAUGACGGCGGGCAACAGCAGAGACUGCCUACCGCAGAAGCGGGGGCAAAUAGAGAUGGUCUGGAAGCUGCAGAUGCACCGACUGAGGCCGAGGCCUUCUCCGGGGAACAUGCUGUGGCCGGCUGGCCUUCUUGGCUAACUGAUGUAGCCGCGGAAGCAGUACACGGGUGGCAGCCUCGGAGAGCCGGAUCAUUUGAGAAACUAGACAAGAUUGGACAAGGAACUUACAGUACUGUGUAUAGAGCCCGUGAUCAUGAAACUGGAAAAUUUGUUGCACUCAAGAAAGUGCGAUUUGUUAAUAUGGAUCCUGAAAGCGUUCGCUUUAUGGCACGAGAAAUUCAUGUUCUGCGCCGGCUUGAUCACCCAAAUGUUAUAAAGCUUGAAGGAAUAGUUGCAUCACAAAAGUCAUGCAACUUGUAUCUUGUUUUUGAGUACAUGGAGCAUGAUCUCGCGGGACUUGCUGCAAAGCCUGGUGUCAAGUUUACUGAACCACAGGUGAAGUGUUAUACGCAACAGUUGCUUGAAGGGCUUGUUCAUUGUCACAGUCGAGGGGUUUUGCAUCGGGAUAUCAAGGGCUCAAAUCUUCUGAUUGAUGAUAAUGGCAUUCUUAAAAUAGCAGAUUUUGGGCUAGCAACACUUUUCAAUCCUGAGCAGAAACAGCCAUUGACAAGUCGUGUGGUAACGCUGUGGUAUCGACCCCCUGAGCUUUUGCUUGGUGCUACAGAGUAUGGUGUUGCCGUUGAUUUGUGGAGUACUGGAUGCAUCCUUGCAGAGUUGCUUGCAGGGAAGCCAGUCAUGCCUGGAAGAACGGAGGUGGAACAACUGCACAAGAUUUUUAAACUCUGUGGAUCACCACAUGAUGAGUACUGGAAGAAACUGAAGUUGCCAAAUGCAACUAUCUUCAAACCUCAGCACCAAUAUAAGCGUUGUGUUGCAGAGACAUUCAAGGAUUUUCCUUCAUCAGCUUUAACUCUCUUGGAUUCUCUUCUAUCAAUAGAACCGGCACAUCGUGGAACAGCAGCUUCAGCCCUUGAGAGUGAAUUCUUCAAAACUAAGCCAUUUGCCUGCAAACCGUCAAAUUUGCCUAAAUAUCCACCAAGCAAGGAGUAUGAUGCUAAAAUCCAGGGCCAGGAAAUUAGGAGGAAAAGAGCAGAAGCUACCAAGGACCGAUCAGGUUCUGCUAGACCAGGUACAAGAGAAACCAAAGCUAUGCUUGAUGCAAAUGUGGAGCAGCAGGCACAGACAAAUCCCAAAAGCAUCAGCGAGAAGUACAACAAUGCACAAGAUGAAAUUGGGCCAGGAUUUCUUAUCGACACCCCUGUAGGAACAACGCAUACUGGUUUCUACCACUCAGGCACUAGGAAUGUGAAUCAGGAAGAGCUCUCCAUUCCCGGACGUUCGUACAGUUCUGUGAGGGUGUCCAAUGGCCCUCAGUUGCAGACACACAGAUCUUACAUGCAUCAGUCAGGAGCUGCCAACUUCUCAGGUUCAGUAGCACCAAGAAGCACUGCAAACUCCAGAUACAAUAGGCAUGAUGUUACUGAGCCCUCUGACAAGCAUACACUUGAUGGACCUGCCUCUGUCCAUAAGAAGGAUGGCAGAAUAGUGACCAAGGAUUCCACUGUGGAUUAUGGCACGAGGAACAAAAGAAUCCACUACUCCGGACCAUUGAUGCCUCCGGGAGGAAAUAUAGAAGACAUGCUCAAAGAACAUGAGAGGCAGAUCCAAGAGGCGGUACGCAAAGCGCGCGUCGAUAAAGUCAAAACCAAGAAGAAUCUAUAAGAAGGAUAACUAAUGGAAAGAGAUCUCCAAAAAAAUUUGGAAGAUAAUUUUGAUCCAUGUAUACAUUGUCAAAAUGAGUCUGAUGUCAAAGAAAGUUGCUCUUGUAAGAAUUUUUUUCAGAUCAAAUACCACACAUGGAUGUCCUGAAUUGCCCAAAAGCUCAUCUUGAUCAUUAGUUCAAUGAGCUAUCCAACAUUAAUGCCAAAUGUAUAUUCUUUUUGGCAAAAUUCCUGAACACCACAAUGAUUAGCUUCAAGGAUGUAAGGGUAUAAUCAG